UGUGGGCAGGACUGUUGGUGCGGAGUGAGCCUGCCCUCAUUUCCCAUCAUCCAUCUGUUUUACGUAUUCUCCUGCUAUUACAGUCCCUCACUACCCCAACCCAACAUUACCGGUGCAACGAAAAUAGCAAACAGUAUUGGAGCUAUUCAGCCGCAUGGUUUUAACGCGCAAUAAAUACAAGAAAAGUAAUUAAACCCAAUCUGAAAAUGUCUUUAAAUAUAAGAAGUCCACCAGCAGGAAAAGAGGGGAGAAAAAAAGACCUGGAGCUUCCAGAAAAGAUGACAGCCAUCAUAAAAAUGAGACGAAAAAAAGGCAAAGUUGAGCAUGAUCAAAGUGGAGAGACUUCACACAGCUGCACAAGUCACUCUCCCAUUUUGUCCUCUGAGCCACAGAGAGAGGAAGAGAAGGAGGCUGGGUGAGAGGAGAGAGGAGAGGGGAGGGAGUACAGUGAGGAGCUGGUUAGCCUACCUAUCCACUAGGAGGAGAGGAGAGGCUGCUGAGGAGCAACAAAAACAGUAAACAGCCACUACUACAAACCACAUCAGCGGAGUUCACGACGCGCGCCAGAGGAGUACCACCACCAUCACUGAGACGUCGCGUUUGAAGCAGCACAGCCAUGUAUCUGAACAGGGAAGAGGACGGCAGCAAAGGCUCGGUGUCCCUCAGUGUCUUCCUGGUCUCCCUUGCAGUGACAGUGUGUGCAGUUUGGCUGGUGGCUCUCUGUGGCGUCUGUGGAUGGUGUCAACGCAAGCUGGGGAAGAGGAACAAGCCGGGAGUGGAAGCAGCAGACACUCCAGACUCUGCUCGUGGGCGAGGGGAGAAGAAAGCCAUCAAUGAUCUAGACAGAGACUUUUGGAAUAACAAUGACAGCAGCACAGUGCAGCAGAGGUGGAGCUCCUAUCCGCCCAAGGAGUUCGUACUAAACAUUUCUCCAUAUGCCCCAUAUGGAGAUCCUCGCCUCACGCUCAAUGGGGCGGUCUCAGGGGGUCAGAAGGGGGCAGCAACUGGGCAUGGGGAUGCUGGGGGGGGUCCGUAUCGCAGCGACAGCGUCAAGAGCAUGGUGACAGAAGGAGUGAAAGCCGGGAAGUGGCAGACGGUCCAGGGCCACGUGCAGUCCGGAGGAUUAAGACCCAGCAACUUUGGGGACCCAGUCUUGUCCUACACCUCCACUCUAGAGCACAUCCAGUCAGGCCCCGCCCGGCCUCGGACGCUGUUGCGCCAGCAGAGUCUUCAGCAGCCUCUCAUCCACCCGUCGGGCCCUGGUCUUGGUCAGCCCCCCACCACGUCCCAGAGCUUGGGACAAUUGCACACCGCACCCGGACACCCUGGGGGAGGCGGCGGUGUUGGGAGAGGACAGGGAGGAGGCGGCACUGGUGAGGGUAGAGGCGCAGGUACACAAGUCGCCUCCCAGGGGGCUCGGGGCGGCCAAGCAGGAGCAGGUGCCUCUCGCUGCCAGGGAGGCGGAGCAGGAGGGCACCCCCGGGGCAAUCCCGGAAGCUGGGAUUACAUGAUGGAUCAGAUGAAGAAUCGAGGCCUGGAUGUCAAGUCCUUCCUUGAAGGGAAGCUGGUGGUCCUGGCUUUGGCCAUUGGUGUGGCAGAGCAAGAUGACUUUGCCAAUAUCCCUGACCUGCAGGAAACAGCGCAGGCUGCCCCACCAGCCAAUCAGGAGCCCCCUCCUGAGAAGAGGGGCAACAAGCCAGCUAAUAGCCCCAAAGGUCACCCCCCAGAUGCUGACGGCCACUCCUCUGUUACUGACCUGGCCAACUCUCUCACUGGAGACAUGGUGAUGUUGUCUCCGGGCUCAGAGGACGAUGACGGCGAAGGGCCUAUCAGUGAAAAGCUGGGCCGGAUCCAGUUCAGCAUAGGCUACAGCUUCCAGAACACGACGCUCACCGUCAAAGUCCUAAAGGGCCAGGACCUGCCGGCCAAGGACUUCUCCGGAACCUCAGACCCUUUUGUUAAAAUCUAUCUGCUGCCAGACAAAAAGCACAAGCUGGAGACCAAGGUCAAGAGGAAGAACCUCAACCCCCACUGGAAUGAAACUUUCCUCUUUGAAGGUUUCCCAUAUGAGAAGGUGAGAGAGCGCACGCUCUACCUGCAGGUUCUGGACUAUGACCGCUUCAGCAGAAACGACCCCAUUGGAGAGGUGUCAAUUCCUCUGAACAAAGUGGAACUGGGCCAGAUGAAGACCUUCUGGAAGGAGCUCAAGCCCUGCAGUGAUGGCAGUGGGAGACGAGGAGAACUGCUGGUGUCUCUCUGCUACAACCCCACUGCCAACACCAUCACUGUGAACAUCAUCAAAGCACGUAAUCUUAAAGCCAUGGAUAUCGGUGGAACCUCAGACCCCUAUGUGAAAGUGUGGCUCAUGCACAAGGACAAGCGCGUAGAGAAGAAGAAGACGGUGGUUAUUAAACGCUGUCUGAACCCAGUCUUCAACGAGUCCUUCCCCUUUGACGUGCCCGCCCACGUGCUGAGGGAGACCACCAUCGUCAUCACAGUCAUGGACAAGGACCGGCUCAGCCGCAACGAUGUGAUUGGCAAGAUUUACCUUUCAUGGAAGAGUGGACCUGCAGAAGUGAAACACUGGAAAGACAUGCUCGCUCGGCCGCGUACAAACGUCGCCCAGUGGCAC